GUUACUGCCCUUCCGUACACGCAAAAGCAAACGCAAAGCAAUAGGAUUACCGGAUUAAUACCAGUAACCAGUGACCAUAAUCCUUGUGUGUAGAAGCACGGAAAACCAUUAUCCACUGGACGUCAGCCUUAAACCUACCAUAGCCGGUCGAUCCGAUUCAUCUGGAGCCAUAAUUACCGGUACCUCCGGUUAGCUGCAUCUCCUAGACUCUUAACCCAAGAAAGCUCAGUAUAAAGAUCCGUUUUCUGCGCACUUCGAGACAGUUUCAACCUCAUCGGAACGUCGUCGUUUCCAUCCCCGAUUGCCCCUUUUGUGGUGGAUCUCGUCCGAUUUGGGUUCUGUGGAUGUUUGUUUGGUACUGGAAACAGCCCCAAGCUAGAAACUUCUGAAAACCAAUGCAUCUCACGGCCAAUGACUCAAAAUUAAAAAGGAAAUAAGGACUGGAGGAUGGCAGAUAUUGAGGAGGGAGAGGAACAUACCUCACGUGGGACUGAAUGGGAAGUUGUGUCACUUACAGCAUCAACAUAUGCUGCUGCUCCUGGCCCAAAAGAAGUUGAAAAGGAUGGUGACAAUGGUAAUACUUAUCGAGAGGGUGAUGCAGUUGAAACAUCUCGUGCUUUGUUCAUGUCUCACCAUUUUGUCUUUCCACCCAGUGAGCAUGAGAAUUUGCCUUUGGAAAAUGUCGACAAACAAGGAGGUAAGGACGUGGUAUCUGAAUUUGAUGCUGAAGAAGCUGGUAGAUCUAGUGGAAAGGAUGAAGAAAAUUGGACCUUUAAAGGGUUAACUGUACCAGACGAGUUCCCCGGAGUACAGUUUUUUGAUGAGAUGGGUAGUACGUUAUCCAUCCAUGGUAAAGAGUUUCAGGAAGGCACUACUCUCCAAGGAUUAAAUUUGGUCGAAAAAGAGCAAAGUAUAUAUAGUGCUGCUGCGUAUGAUUCUUUACACAGUGAAACAGCCCUUGUUGGUUCAACCACAUAUGGAGAGAACAUGGCUGUUCCUGGACUAAAUGAGCAAGGCUUAGAUUUUUCUCCAGAUAUCUCAUUAUCCCCACCACUUGCCAAAGAUGAUAAACAUGAUGGGUCUGACCUUCCUUGUGGAGCUUGGUGGAAGAGAAGGGCAGCUUCCCUAUAUGCACAUGCAAAAGAGGCAAAUACAUUUUGGUCUAUUUUCAUUGCCGCAGCUGUCAUGGGUCUUGUAUUACUUGGGCAGCGAUGGCAGCAGGAAAGGUGGCAAGCUCUGCAACUUAAGUGGCAGAUCAGCAUCAAUAAUGAGAGGACGGGCAGGAUGCUGGGUCCCAUAACUCGACUUAAAGAUGUUAUUGUCGGCGGCCACCGGCGUGGUUCCGUUAUCAGGGGCAGCUCCUUAAGUGAGAGUUAAAGAUGAUGGCGAAAAAUGCUAGAGAGAGGUUGGGGUUGUGAAACAUUAGUUUGUUGUUGUGUGUUGUGGUUCCACCUAUUUUUCUUUUGACAAGCUACAUGGUAUAUAUGUAAGUUUGAUAUUGUUUCUGUAUUUUGAUGGUAUUUUCUUAAGUUGCUUUGUAUA